UUUCUAUUGAAGGACAUACCAGAAUCAGAAGAUAUUCUCAGAAGGUCUAAUUUUCUCCAAAGGAUCGUCGCCAUGUAUUUCUGAAGCCACGGAGCCAAUGAAGAAGCUGUUCCUGGAAAGCAGUGGCCAAGCUUCCUAACUAACGCAUCUUGCAGAUUACAAACCCAAAGGGCUGGAUUUACUAAUGUUGCAAGGUUUUAUUUUUCUGCCAUGAAGACAUUAGCGAAGUCUCGCCUUUUCAAGUUCUGCUGGAUACUUCGAGGGCCACACCAGCCCUUUCACGGACAUCCCAGGUUUCUGAGCUCUCCCAUUUUUGCACAAUAUGAAGCCGUCAGCCAAGGAAAGCAGCCCAUCCCUGAAUAUUUUAACUUUGCAAAUGAUGUGCUGGAUAAAUGGUCCCAACUUGAAAAGGAUGGGAAGAGACCUUCCAACCCAGCCCUAUGGUGGAUAAAUGGGAGAGGAGGCGAAGUGAGGUGGAGCUUUGAGGAGCUGGGGGUCUUGUCCAGGAAAGUGGCCAAUGUGCUCUCCGACCGAUGUGGCCUACGGAAGGGAGACAGGAUUCUGGCCAUUCUGCCCCGGAUCCCUGAAUGGUGGUUGGUGACCGUGGCUUGCAUAAGAACAGGAAUCACCGUUAUGCCUGGUACAACCCAAUUAACGGCAAAAGACAUCCAAUACAGACUCCGGAUGUCCAAGGCCAAAUGUAUAAUCACCACGGAUGUGUUGGCUCCUGUGGUGGAUUCCGUAACAGCUGAUAAUCACGACCUGAAAACCAAACUGGUGGUCACAUCUGGGGGCCAAAGAGAAGGUUGGCUGGGCUUCAAUGAACUGCUCAAAGAGGCGCCUGCUGACUUCACUAAUGUACAAACAAAGGUUCAAGAUCCAAUGAUAAUAUACUUCACCAGUGGGACUACCGGUUCUCCUAAGAUGACGGAACUUUCUCAGGGGAGUAUGGGACUGAGACCCAUCAUCAACCCAAGAUACUGGCUGGACUUUUCGCCUUUGGACAUCAUGUGGUGCACGGCAGACACAGGCUGGGUGUUGAGCUGCCUGGGCGCUCUUUUUGACCCGUGGGUUUUGGGAUCCUGUGUCUUUGUUCAUAAUCUGCCUCAAGUAGAAUCAACAACUAUCCUCAAUACUCUGUCGCGAUUUCCCAUCACCGCCAUGCUGGGCGCUCCAACCUUGUUCCGCAUGUUGGUGCAGAAUGAUCUGAGCAGCUAUAAAUUCAUGAGCCUGAAGCACUGUGUGAGUGCAGGGGAAGCACUAAACCCUGAAGUGAUGGAGCAAUGGAAAAGCAAGACAGGACUGGACAUCCACGAAGCCUAUGGGCAGACCGAAACAGGUAUGAUCUGUGGGGUUCGCAAAGGGAUGAAGAUUAAGCCAGGAUCAAUGGGAAAGGCAUGUGCGCCAUAUGAUGUUCAGAUUGUAGACGAAGAAGCCAAUAUUCUGCCUCCUGGAAAAGAAGGAGAAAUUGCUAUUAAAGUGAAACCAGAAAGGCCGGUGGGACUCUUCUCUCGCUAUAUAGACAACCCUGACAAAACAGCUGCAACAAUACGUGGAGAUUUCCACAUUACAGGAGACAGAGGAGUGAUGGAUAAAGAAGGGUACUUUUGGUUUGUUGGAAGAAACGAUGACAUCAUAAAUUCUUCAGGGUAUCGUAUUGGACCAUUUGAAGUAGAGAGUGCGCUUCUAGAGCAUCCUGCAGUAGCAGAAGCCGCUGCGAUCAGCAGCCCAGACCCUCUCAGGGGAGAAGUGGUGAAAGCAUUUGUGGUGUUGUCUUCUGGUUUUGCGUCUCGAGAUAAGGACAAAUUAAUCCACGAACUGCAGGAACAUGUCAAGAAAGUGACAGCACCAUACAAAUAUCCGAGAAAGAUGGAGUUUGUCCAACAGCUGCCAAAGACAAUCUCAGGGAAAAUCAAACGGAAUGAACUAAGGAACAAGGAAUGGGGACGUGUUUAAUGUGUACAGCAGAGGGUUGGAAUAACCACCAGCUUUCCAAAUUCGAUGGACAUUUCUUCGAGGCCUACUGGUACUAGGGUGGCCUCUUUUAUGUUUGGACUUGGAUCAUCAGACACAUGAGCACAACUGUCAAAACCACUAUGGGGUUCUGGAAGUCCGAGAUUAUGAAAGGCUGAUGGGAUAACCAGUGCCACUCCAUCCCAAGAAGGCUUCCCUAAAAGAAAUGAUAGUAUUUUAGCAAUAGUUUCAAGGGCUUUACAGAUCUCUCUGUUGUUUGGCGAUCGAUGUAGCAUCAUCUUAAAUCAGUUUCAGCUUCUGCAACUAAGGACACCAGACUAGUUAUUUCAACCAAACCAAGCUCAGGGGAUCAGUUUGGUUUUCUUUCAAAUAGACAAAGUUAAUUCUGGAUCCCACUUGUUCUUCAUGUACUCAAUUACUUGUCUCAGUUCUUUACUUUUUUCUCAGCUACUUUCCAUAAUACACUUUGUCAGGAACAAA